ACCAAUAUGGAACACUCCCUGCAGUAUCUUGCUAGUGAGAGUUUUUCAUACAGCUGGUUGUUGAAUGAAAAACCUUCAUCUCUUGAUGGCCUUACAAAAUCCCUUAAUGAAGAUCAAAUAUUUUUGGCUUAUUCGAAGAGAUACUUGGAAUUAGAAUCCCAAAAUUUCAACUUUGAUAUCAGUCCUUUUUCUGACUCUUCUUUUACUCUUGUUCAUGCUGAUGAAAUAUUUUCAGAUGGACAUAUCAUGCCCUUGUAUAAAGAAACAGUAUGUAAUUUUGACACUUGUCCAAUAUCUUCAACUCCUCUCACACCCUUUUCUCCAUUUUCUACUAGAAAUAGAGAAGUUGAUUUUAUAAAGAAACAGAGGAAAACAUUUAGUAGAAUCUUGUUCAAGAAGUUUAAGUUCCUUUGGCUGUUCUGCAAAAGUUUAUGUAGUUCAAGAAAAUGUGCUAAAGUUGAUGACCUUGAGAGAAAAGUUUUGGAAAUUGAUUGGGCUGAAAAUGCAAAUAAGAAAAGAAAUGGCAGUAGAAAUAAGAGUAUUCAAAAAGUGAAAAGCUGGAGAAAUUCACCAGAGGCUUCUCCUAUUAGAAGUCCAUCUCAUAGUAUAGAAGUUUCACUUGAUAGGGAGAAUACAAUUUCUGAGGCAAUUCUGCAUUGUAAGAGAUCAUUUGGUAUGUUAAAAGAACCUGAGCUUUCAGAAAUGGGAUCUUUAUGAUUGAUUCCUUAAAAUCCAAGCCAAAGAAAAAAAGACAAGCUCGGUGCACAAAGCAUCUCGCAUUAGUAGGAUCAGGAAAAAUGUUGCACUCCAAGGGGCCAGAAAGUGCAACAAAUAUAAUGCUUAUGUGUGUACUUUAUCUUUUAUCCCAUUUCUCCGAUUGUGUAUAUCAAGAUUUCAUUCAUAUUUGGAUUUUGUACAUUCCAAAGUGGAAAAAGUCAUACUCCUCCAUCCAAAAAGGUUGUUUUUCUUUCCUUUUUAGUCUAUCGUAAAAAGAUUGACAUCUUUCUGUAUUUAAAAAUAAUGUAACUUUAUGAGGUGAUUUACGACCAUACAAAUAUCUAAUGCUUG